ACAUGCCCAAUGAUGUUCAUGUCUGGUGACUGGGCUGGCCAGUCCUGGAGCACCUUGAUCUUCUUCGCCUUGAGGAACUCAGAUGGAAGUAUGCGAUGGAGCACCAUCCUGCUGCAAAAUUUGACCCCUUUUAUGGUUGGGAAUGUAAGAGCUGCACUCAGAGACAAAAUGGCUUCCAGAUUAGAGGAGGAUCUCUGCUGUCCGGUCUGUCAUGAUGUCUUUAGAGAUCCUGUUGUUCUGUCAUGCAGCCACAGUUUCUGUAAAGACUGUCUGAAGAGCUGGUGGACAGAGAAACAAACACGCGAGUGUCCAGUUUGUAAGAGGAGAUCUUCGAAGGCUGAUCCACCCUGUAAUCUGACUUUAAAGAACCUGUGUGAGAGUUUCUUACAGGAGAGAGAUCAGAGAUCUUCAGAGGGUCUCUGCAGUCUGCACUCUGAGAAACUCAAACUCUUCUGUCUGAACCAUCAGCAGCCAGUGUGUCUCGUCUGCAGAGAUUCAGAAAAACACUCCAACCACAGAUUCAGACCCAUCGAUGAAGCUGCUCGACAACACAAGAAGGAACUUGAGGAAACUCUGGAGCCCUUAAAGGAGAAGUUAAAGGUUUGUGAAGGAGUUAAAGUGAAGUUUGAUCAAACAGCAGAACACCUGAAGGUCCAGGCCCGACGCACAGAGAGGAAGAUUAAGAAGCAGUUUAAGAAGCUUCACCAGUUUCUAGAAGAGCAAGAGGAGGCCAGGCUGGCUGCACUGAGGGAGGAAGAGGAGCAGAAGAGUCAGAUGAUGAAGGAGAAGAUGGAGGCUCUGAGCAGAGAGAUAGCAGCUCUUUCAGACACAGUCAGAGCCACAGAGGAGGAGCUGAGAGCUGAAGACGUCUCAUUCCUGAACAACUACAAGGCUGCAGUGGAAAGAGUCCAGCAGCGCCCCCUGCUGGAGGAUCCACAGCUGCCCUCAGGAGCUCUGAUAGACGAGGCCAAACACCUGGGCAACCUGACCUUCAACAUCUGGAACAAGAUGAAGGACAUGGUCUCCUACAGUCCUGUGAUUCUGGAUCCAAACACUGCUUAUCCAUAUCUCAUCCUGUCUGAAGAUCUGACCAGUGUGAGAGUAGGAGAGGAACAGCAGCUUCCUGAUAAUCCAGAGAGGUUUGAUCAGUACUGGUCUGUUCUGGGCUCCGAGGGCUUUAACUCAGGGACUCACAGCUGGGAUGUCGAGGUUGGAGACAAUACAUACUGGUUACUGGGUGUGUUAGCAGAGUCUGUCCAGAGGAAGGGAAACAAACUGUCUGGAUUAUGGAGAAUACAGUUCUAUGGAGGUAAAUACUCAGCACGGUCACCAUCAGCUCCAUCAACUGGUCUCGUAGUUCAGAAGAAGGUCCAGAGGAUCAGAGUGAAUCUGGACUGGAAAAGAGGAAAGUUGUCGUUCUCUGAUCCUGAUACUAACACACACAUACACACCUUCACACACACUUUCACUAAGAGGAUGUUUCCAUACAUUUUCACUUGGGAUAAAGUCCCACUGAAGAUAUUACCAGUGAAGGUCAGUGUGACAGUGUAACAGAGCAGUUAGAGAUAAAGAGGAUGAUUAUAUUCAUCAUGUUUAUUUCUUGAAGAUAAAAGUCUCUGAAUUGAUCCUGUUAAACUGAAACCUGCUCCUCAUUAUUCCAACACUGCAGGAACAGACACAUAUUAUUAAAUAUAAUCAAAUGUUGACAAAAUAAUCUGCCAAUUGAGCUGAAUUUAAGAAUUUAAACCCUAAUUAGCAAAACAAAUCUUACAAUAAGACACAAUCUCUUCAAACAGCAUAAUAACAAGUGAAUUUGUCUUAAAUGAAGGAAUAAAAAACAUUCUUAUUAUUGUAUUUUUUUAUUACAAUAAUAAAAACUAAACAGCUGCUUCAUUUCCAACACUGGGACCAGACGACUUUCUCUGAAACUGAGAAGUUGUGUGAGUGCUCUUUCUACUGUUGUUACUGGUUAAAUCAAGCUCAAUAUUAGCUGUAAUAUCUUAUUAAGACAAAGUUACAUAUAUUUUAUUAAAAUCAGAUUCAAAAACAUGUUUGACAAGAUUAUUUUUCUAUUAGAACAAAAAUAAGACUCAAAAAUAAUUUCUCAGAAACAAGGAUUUUUUACUUUCUUGUAAUUAGUUUUUUGCACUGAAUAAUAUGUUUAUUAUUCUGAUUGUUUUUAUUUUCUUUUUGUUGUUAUUUAGUUUGAAAAUCACCUUUUUGUUUUUAUUGUCGACCUCAGAUGUAAAAUUGUUUCAUUUAGUUUCUGGUCUUUGUUUGGUUUUCUUUUCAUCGUUACUGUGUUAUUUUAAAUUUAUUUUUUAUUAUUUUGACUUGAAGACCAGCAACCAGUUUGUGGAAGCUGGUUGAUCCAAAUAAUUGAUACAAAUUAAUCAAUAACUGCAUGUUUGAGCAACAAAGUUUCCAGAUUGUUUAAUUCCACAUAUGAAAUGUUCACAAUGUGUAAAAUAUUUGUUUAAAUGAUCCAAAAUAUAUGAACAAUGUUCUGUUUGAUGUGAUGAAGUGGAGAUGAUUCAGUCUGUAACAGUGUUUUCAUUCAGUUUCCAUCAGUUGAAUUCUGCUGUUAGUCAUUCAGUCAGAGGAGAAGUUCUUCUAUUUAAGGUGGACGUCUCAUGUUUAAGGUGGAACGUCUCAGUUUGGGUUCAGACUGUAUGUAAUUUUGCUGAUUUCAGAACAUUAAUUAACAUUAAUGCUGAAUGUACAAUUACUCCUGUUUUUCAUCUGUAUAAUAAAAUAAUGUUUCUAGCUCA